AUGCAGCAUCCAAGGGCAUGGCGCGCUGUGCUGCUCCUCACCAUCAUGUUUCACGCAGGGCAGUCGGAGAGAUACGGCUGCCUGUUUGAGAGAAAACUGUGCUUCAGGGAUCAGUUUUGCUCCAAUGAUGGGCUCUUUGGUCAGUGUCACAGUUCGAAGCAGGACCGGGUCCAGUACCAAGUGACAGUUCCUGUACUGAAAAGAAUGCAAGAAGUCCUUAAACAGCUCAUGCUACAAGGUCUUUCCUGGCAGGAUGACCUCACCCAGUAUAUUUUAUCUAAGGAACUGAAGAGAGUUCCUCAUGUCACCCAGUCAUCCAAACCAAAUUCUUCUUCAUAUUCUCCGUCCAAACAGCACAUCUCCAAGUCAGGAUCUGCAGCACCUGCCGGCAACUACGUGGACUACGCUGAUCCUGCUCAGUCACCAAUAUCGAUGCAGGCAGCCUACUUCAACCCUUACACAUACCAGCAGCACAGGCACCAAGAUGAAGCAGAAAGCGGACUCAUUGGAGGAGGAGGCUACGCCCGUCCUUCCGUGUGGUCGAAGGCAAAUCAGAGAGAGCGAGAACGGGACAGGCAGCUCCUCCAGCAGGCAUUGUCCACGUAUUUGGCAUCUGCACCAUCUUAUCGCCAUCGUGGGCCAGCAUCCUUGGCUUCUGCAAGCCUGCCUUACUAUGAUGACUUGCAAAUGGAGAUACCAGUAGACUAUGCAGAGGAUUACACCCUGGAGGAGAGACUUGGAUCUACUAACAGGCAACCGCCGCUCCAAAAUAAAUUCUCUCAAGUUGCCAGGACUCCGUCAGGAAACAAUGAUGGCUUGCUUCAGAAAAUGUCAGGGGUCUUACAAAGGUAUGGAGUUGAGCCUAAAGAACUCAGCCAGGAGCAGCUCUAUAAACUAGCCCUCAUACUGCAGCUUUUGCAGGCCCAAGACAAGACACAAGAUCCCGAUGAGAAGGACCUCGUCACUCUAAAGGAGAUGCAACUGUUAAAAACAGACAGCAUGUCAAGGAAACCAGAGAAGCUUGUUUCUGUCCCCAUUGCACCUGAUGCCCCUCAGGCCCCCCUACCAGUGUCAGCUGUAACCAUGCCUACAACAAAGAGCAUAGGGCCCCCUCUGUCUGCCUCUCACACACCAUUGGUUGUUCCUGAAGAAGGGGCAGGUUUGAAGGGGGAGGGAAUUCCACAGGUUGAGGCUGUAGGGGAUAAGGAAGAGUAUGGCUACAUUGUCACCAACCACAGCUCUCUGAGUUUGUAUGAUGGGGUGAAGCUUCUGGAACUACUGGCUGAGAAAAUACAUUUGACAACCAGCAGCUUCAUCAAUCUAAGUGUGGUAGGACCAGCACUGACGUUUCGUAUCCGCCAGAAUGAGCUCAAUAUGACAGCUGCAGAGGUGGCGGCCAAAGCUGUGUCUGAAAAGAACUAUUUGGAGUCCGAGACAAGCCUGAAGAUUUUACAGACUGGUGUGGGAGAGAGGACAAACACGCAGGGUUUCCCUCAAUUAGCCAGGGCUUCGGCUUCCCAGAGCUCCAGUGGGACGGUCAUCACGCUAGUUUCCAUGGCAGUGGUAGGAGGAGUGUUGAUACUGGCUGUGGUCAUCGCUUCCCUCAAGCACUAUGCUCACCAAGUGGCCAAUGGUAAACUUGGUCUCGGGCCGGAGGGAGGGGCCGAAACACACUUCGAUUAUCAGGAGCUAUGUCGACAGCACAUGGCGUCCAAAUCAUCUCUGUGCCGCCAGGACUGCGUGGGUGCAGCAGGGGGUGGUGUAGCAGGUUCUGCCACAAGUGCCAGUGGGCGACGGGGAACGGACACAUCACGCGUGAGCAGCGUUUCCUCCCAAUUCAGCGAUGGCCCACAGCACAGCCCUUCCUCCACCCAUAGCUCUACUCCAUCCUGGAGUGAGGAGCCUGCCCAGUCAAAUAUGGACAUCUCCACGGGUCACCUUAUUCUGGCCUAUAUGGAGGACCACCUUCGUAACAAGGACCGCCUGCAGAAGGAGUGGGAAGCGCUGUGCUCCUACCAAGCUGACCCCUGUUCAGUGGCUGCAGCUCAAACUCCCAGCAAUAUGGCCAAAAACAGACAAGCUGAAUCGCUUCCAUAUGAUCACUCACGUGUGAAGCUGAAAAGGGAGCUGAACCACAGAAAACAGGAUUACAUAAAUGCCAGUUUUAUUUUUGAUCACGACCCUCGCCAGCCAGCGUAUAUCGCCACUCAGGGACCUCUGCCUCAAACCGUGGCAGAUUUUUGGCAGAUGGUUUGGGAGAACGGCUGCACGGUGAUUGUGAUGAUGUCUGCUCUGGCGGAAGAUGGACAGAAACAGAGUGAGAGAUACUGGCCUGAUGAGGGUUCAUCCCUCUACCACAUCUAUGAAGUGAACCUGGUGUCAGAGCAUAUCUGGUGCAAGGACUUCCUGGUGCGUAGCUUCUACCUGAAGAAUGUCCAAACACAAGAGACAAGAACCCUAACGCAGUUUCAUCUACUGAGCUGGCCAGCUGAUGGGAUCCCCACCUCUACACGGCCCUUGCUUGACUUCCGCAGGAAGGUGAAUAAAUGCUACAGAGGUCGCUCCUGUCCAAUUAUUGUUCACUGCAGUGAUGGGACUGGCAGGACCGGAACAUACAUCCUCAUUGACAUGGUGCUGAACCGCAUGGCCAAAGGAGUCAAGGAAAUUGACAUUGCUGCGACACUGGAACACAUCAGAGAUCAGAGACCUGGCUUAGUCAGCACCAAGGAUCAGUUUGAAUUUGCACUGACAGCUGUUGCUGAGGAGGUGAAUGCCAUCUUGAAAGCCUUGCCACAGUAA